GGACAUCGUGCGAUUCGUGCGCGACGCCUCAUUCGAACUACGGUCGCUGAAGUGCCUGAAACUGAAAAUGCCCGUUACUGAAAGCAUCGGACGCAGGCAAUGCAUCCCGAUUAUUUACACCAGGGGCACUCACUAUGAAGUGGGAUUCGAUGUGGGAAGGACUUUUUCCAGCCUCAUCCAAAAUUUCCUGAACAGUUACAAGUGCCUGAAUGACGAGUACAUACCAGCUUACGAAUCCGCUGAAGGUAGAAAGGUCUACGAAGAUACCCUGAGCUGUUUGAGGGCUAACUACCCCCAAUAUGUUGAAGAAAUGGAAGGAACAGCUGACGGCGCCAACGUACCUUUCUACAAGAUAUUCCUCUUACAUUUGGACAAUGUAAUUCUUCAGCCCCUGAAGAAGGAGAACAAAAAACUGCCAUACGGAUGUUCGUCCAUUUGCAUAAGCGAAAAUGGACAGGAGAUCAUGGGACACACCGAAGACGCCUUAUCCGAAACCCUCAACCACUUUUACUUCGUGUCGGCCCAUAUCGUGUCCGACAAACCCCAAGGCAAGUGGAAGGUCAAAGAGGAGAAGUUUACUUCCCUCUGCUACGCGGGACACCUGCCUGGUUAUACCAUGAGUUACAACCACCACGGCCUACUGUUCUCUAUUAACACCCUCACCGCGCAGCAGUUGAGGCCAGGAAAAACCCCUAGGCACAUCAUUACCAGAGCAAUGUUGUCCGCCGAAAACCUCUAUCAGGUGGAGUCCAUCCUGCGGGAUUCAGGAUGCGGCGCAGCAGACGGCUGUUCUAUCAACAUGACUUUUUUGAACCAGGAAGGGGACAGGGUAUUCCAUAACGCUGAAAUGGCCCCCGCGGAUAAGUCUGACGAGUCGCAGCUGAAUAUACUGACGACGGGACCUGGCGAAAGUAUACUGCAUUGUAACAAGUAUCUUCGCAUGAACGUAGAAGAGAGCAAUGAAGGAAUGCAGAACAGCAGCAUCUGCAGAAUGGAAACAUUCGCGAAAUAUCCUACGCCACGCACCAAGCAAGACGUUAUAAAUAUGCUCGGCGACCAGUCUAAUGUGCAGUAUCCCGUAUUUAGAGAUCAACCCGAUAAUCCAGUGGUUACCCUCGCAGUUGGCAUUUUUGACUGUGUCGACAGAACUUGGAGCUUGUACGCUGGCAAUCCGAAAAAAUGCGAACCUCUAGUCGUGUUGCCACUCGACACAAAAAAGUAAUUCAGCUGUAGUUUAUGUUUACUAUGUGAUUUUACGUAGGUAAUCGAAUUUAAGGGCUGCUAAUGCCAAAUACUUAAUAAAUGAUUUAAUUUUGUUAAAAAUUAAAUGUAAAACUUGAUUUCCAGUGAUAUAUUUAGUGCAAUUAUUAUAUUUAAAGAAAAUAAAUAUUAUUUACAAUACACGAAUAGUUGCCAGUGUUAUCAAAAAUGUUAAAAAUCACUAAAAGGAUAUAUGUAUAUUCUUUUGGUAGUCUCUUUCGGCUCGUUGUAGAGGAAAAAUAUAUAAUCGCUUUAAUGAUGCACAUGUUUGUUCAUAGUUGUUAUUUUUAUAUGUAUAAUGUCCUAAGAGAGUAUUAUAGUUUACCAUAGGCGUCCGCAGAAAAUUUGUAAAGGUACAAAUGAAAAUAUUUUAUUUGAUGGCACCAAUUUCUAAAUGAAAUAAACUUUCUCUUUUUUA